AUGGUGUGGCCGCUGAAGCUCACCCGUGUGGUUCAUACCAAAGCGACGGUGAAAGCCUCCAGAGACCACGCACUCAAGUUCGUUCAAGACUUGCCAUCAAGCACAUCGCUCAGUCCCCUAUGCGUAUCUUGCCGCGAGGGCGAGAGCAAAGACGUACACUAUGUAACGGAGAGGCUGAAUUUCUUGGGUUGGAAGUUCCACAUGACGUUUCCCGUUUACUCGACGAACACUGAAGACGGGGUGGAUCUCGUCAUCAAAGCCGGCGCGGGCACAACGUUACGGACACAUUGGUCCGUGAGUCCAACCGUCCUUGAACUCGGCAGCGAGGUUUGCGAGAUAUCCGAGCUGGUAGAAGCAGACACGUAUUUCUUCUUCGUACCAUACGUACUUCACAACCUGAAGAAGUCUCGUCACGCAAUUUUCCCCAAUUUGGUGGCAGAACUCGAAGGGGCCCAUGCAAGGGAUGCCAGUCACAUGGAUGACCGUGACGAAUAUCAUCCGACGGAGCGUAUUGCAAAAUUCGUGCUCAUCCUUACGGCGUGCAUCUUGCCUGUAUAUAUAUUGCCCGUGACGGGGCCGGCAUAUACCUUGGCAGCACUAUUCGUCAUGGGCUCAAGCUUCGCGAUGUACAGUAAAGCGCGGGAUCCAUAUGGCACUUUCCACAUCACGCUCAAUGUGCGGCCUGGUGAUGGCCAAAAUCCGCCAGAUACAGAAUGGCUCAACAUGGGCUAUUGGGUUGACACCGAUAUCUUCUCCGAGGCUUGCGAAGCGCUGGCUACAAGAUUGAUGGAGGCGGCUCGUCUCAAAGCUGGAGAUAGAGUCCUAGAUGUCGGGUUUGGCAGCGGUGACUCGCUGUUAUUCAUUUUGUCAUCCCCCAAAAUACCUCGGCCUUCCUCUGUUACUGGCAUCACUAGCCUCAGGAGUCACUAUGAACGAGCGCUGGCACGGACGAGGAAGCUCAACAUCGAUACGCCGGUAUUGCUACUUUGCGGCGACGCUGUUUACCAUGCGCCUGCUGGAGCGCAUCCUUUUCAUCCAUCUGCCAGUCCAUCGUUCGACGUGAUACUUGCACUCGAUUGCGCCUACCACUUCCGUACAAGACGCGAAUUCCUGCAGCAGAGUUUCGAACAUCUGGCACCAGGGGGCCGUGUUGCGCUCGCGGACAUCUGCUUCACUCCGGAAAGCCUCGGAGGGCGGAGAGUCAGGCUCUUCACCAGAUUGUUGGGGAUGAUGCCUCGACAGAACGUCAUAUCCACACAAGAAUAUGUUCAAGCCUUGAAGGAAAUGGGUUAUGGUGACGUGUGCAUGGAGGAUGUCAGUGAGAAGGUGUUUCCAGGAUUUACGCGGUUUCUACGAUGUCGUGGGGGCGGCUGGUGGGCGUUCAGUAGUUUGCUAGGGCGAUACUAUGCGCUAGGAGCCCGGUUCGUGAUUGUCGUUGGUACAAAGCCAAAGACUGCGGGUUCGGGCUGA